UUCGACUGACGUGCAGUGACACAGGGGCAUAACUGAGAGCAGAAUUUGACCCCCUAAAUGUAACCCUGAGUUACAAUAUAACAUUUACCUUGUAGAGCAUUUGUUUUGAAAUGUCACAUACGUUUUGCCUCCUUAUAAAACAAUGUUUAAAAACUGGUCAACUUUGAUUCUGGCACAAUUUAAAAGCAAAACUCUAAUCUAAUAUUUAAAGAGAAACCAACUCCGUCUUGGUUUUGCCUGGGGAUGGGGAGUCGAAUUUCAAAGUGGACCAAGGGUUGAAAGCCGGGCUGAGUUACACAAGUGAAGAAGGUGCCUCCGGGGGUCCCAAUACUAAAGCUUGCGCGGGAUCAGUUAGUUGCGGGUCCGAUGCUAGAUGUCACCGUCCCUCACCCUGCCUAGCAAAACACAACCUCUCUGCGUUUACCCGCCGAGGCAGCCCCGGCGCAUGUAGAACAGCAGCAGCAACUCCUAUCUCGUGUCUUCAACGUGAACUGUGGAAAGGGUCACAGGCGGGGUGAGGGAGGCGGCUGAGAGCCCAGCAAGGGGGAGGAACGGAAGCUAAGCAGGACUUUCUCCCAGCCCCUGCCAGACCCACCCUGCCUCGCCCCCUCUUGCUCCCGGACCUUCAUCCCCGCCCCACUCCAGGGGGCAGCGCGCGGCCAGGAUCUGGGGGACAAGGGGAAGAGCCGCCCGCUGGCCUCAGGUGCUCGGCGGGGCCGCCUUGCUGCUGGCGUGGGGGAGCCGGGAGAGGCGGCGCCAGCUCCCGCCCCUGCGCGGAGCCGGGAGAGGGGGACCCAAUCGCUCGCUCGCGGGCUCCAGCAGGCACCUGCCGCCAGCCAGCCGGGAUCAGGCUGCAGCACCCGGCGGGGCGGCCCCUCCCAGCAGCAGCCGCUGCCGUGUCCGCCUUUGCUGGGACCUUCGGAGCCAGCCGCCAAGUUGAAGCCCGGCGCUGUGCACGGGGCGUCCGUGGUGGGGCAGGCGCCUGAGCUCCCGGCUGAUGCAUCCACCAGCAGCAGUUUUUCCCCAGAUGCUUCCUGAAGAGAACCAACAUUUCUGAUCAAAUUUCUCCCAUAUCAAGCAUCUCCACUCGCUUUCUCUGGACUAAAUGAAUGAUUUAAGGCUGAAUUAGAUUGGCCACUUGUCUCCACUUUAUAAUCGCUUUCUCUGAGUAGAUCGGAUACCUCCAUGAACGUAACAAAUGUAUCAGGAAAUGGCAUUGCUCACUGGGAAUGCAGAUCCCAAGUUCACUUCGUAUUCCUACAACAAUUUGGAAAACCUGUGCGAGGUGCAGACCAAGAAAGGGUUCUUCUAUAAAAAAGCCAAGCUUCUUCACCCUGGGGAAGACUUGUGCUGCUUGGCCCAUCUAGAGGACCGAACCAGGCAUGUGAUCAUCAAUGUAGGAGGCAUUAAAUACAGGAUUCCAUGGACCACACUAGAGAACUGCCCUUUGACCAGGCUUGGAAAACUAAAAUCUUGUAACAACUAUGAUGAGAUCAUGGACAUCUGUGAUGAUUAUGAUGUCAGCUGCAAUGAGUUUUUUUUCGACCGUAACCCUUGUGCCUUCAGAACCAUCAUGACUUUCCUGACAGCUGGGAAGCUGAGGCUUCUAAGGGAGAUGUGUGCCCUCUCUUUCCAAGAGGAGCUGGUGUAUUGGGGGAUAGAAGAGGAACACCUGGAGUGGUGCUGUAAGAAAAGAUUACGACAGAAGGAGGAGGAGGCAGCCGAGGCCACGCUGUAUGAGAGGGAGAUGAUGGUUAAUGAAACUCCGCAAUGUGCCUUCCAGGACAAUAGCCGUUUGGGUUUGUGCAUGAGAAAGCUCAGGGAUAUGGUGGAGAACCCUCACUCGGGGAUCCCAGGAAAGAUCUUUGCUUGUAUAUCAGUCUCCUUUGUGGCCAUCACUGCAGUGAGUCUCUGUAUCAGCACCAUGCCAGAUCUCCGAGAAGAGGAAGAGCGGGGUGAAUGUUCUCAGAAGUGCUACGACAUCUUUGUGUUGGAGACCGUUUGCGUUGCUUGGUUUUCCUUUGAGUUCCUCCUGCGCUCCAUUCAGGCAGAAAGCAAGUGCGCCUUCCUGAAGACCCCCCUCAACAUCAUCGACAUCUUAGCCAUCUUGCCUUUCUACAUCUCUCUGAUAGUGGAUAUGGUCUCCGCCAAAAACAGCAACAGGAAGCCUGGCAGUGGAGCAGGAAACAAGUACUUGGAGCGAGUGGGCCUGGUUCUACGCUUCUUGCGGGCUCUCCGCAUCCUGUAUGUCAUGAGGCUGGCACGCCAUUCACUGGGACUGCAGACACUCGGACUCACUGUGCGCCGCUGCACCAGGGAAUUUGGACUCCUCCUCCUCUUCCUUUGUGUUGCCAUGGCACUCUUUUCUCCACUGGUUUAUUUGGCAGAGAGCGAACUGGGAGCCAAGCAAGAAUUCACUAGCGUUCCCACCAGCUAUUGGUGGGCUGUAAUCUCCAUGACAACUGUAGGCUAUGGAGACAUGGUACCUCGGAGCAUCCCGGGACAGGUAGUAGCCCUGAGCAGUAUCUUGAGUGGUAUUUUGCUGAUGGCUUUUCCGGUCACUUCCAUCUUUCACACUUUUUCCCGCUCUUACACAGAGCUAAAGGAACAGCAGCAGCGAGAUGCAAGCAGACAGUUGCACCAGCUAGAGGAAACCACCAGAUCCCCAAAUGGUGACAGUUCUCAGGGAUUGGGUACCUCCUCCCCACUAGACGCAGCUGGGGCGUGGCGGCAGCCAGCAGUGAACCAGGAAGACAAGAGGAGGUGUUGACCGCAAACAACUACAAGACUUAGCCAGCAGCACUGAACUAGCAAAUGAGAGAGUUCCAUAUCUGAAACAAAACCCUGUGGAACAAACAUAAAUCAGGGUAUACAGUGAGAUCUGUAUAAGAGACUGUCCUUCUUGAGUAACUUUUAGUGUCUCUAAAAACAACGUGGAGUACCGUUCUGCUCCCUCUUUUGUAGAAGGCCGCUUUCGUUAAGCAACUGAUUUUGGGCAGCCCCCAAGGAGCAAUUGCUUAAGCCAGGUUUCCACUGUGUCCACUGACAAGAAAAAAUAAACUUGGAGAGAGAGUUCAUCCUAAGGGCCCAUUGCUGGGGGAAAUAAGGGUGCCAUUUACUGUACAUAAGCUUCCUGGUGGCCCUACUCUGUGCUAAGAAUGUCCCCAAGCCCUUAUUCCCUAUGUACAAUGGAUUCAAUGUAUGUGGCACCCCCAUGGGGUGUCCAUCUUCAAAUGUAAAGUUGAAAGAUGGGGGAGAGAGGCCUGCCUGGGCCAGCAGAUGGGCAAAUUUAUCCCUAUUCCCUGGUCUUUUAAUAAAUAGUGAUUAUUUAUUUAUUAAAUUGGGAACCAUAAUCUGGGCUGCCUGCUGACAGGUCUGACUUGUGCUCUUGCUCUUUCUGCAUUAUUUAGUAAACAUGCAUAUCUACAAUAGUAGGCUCUGCACUUUAGCCCUGAUGACAGAAAUAUACAUGGACAACCUAGUUAAUGAUACUGAACAUCAACUUGUUUUCCUUUGCUCACAUUUGCAUAUAGCUUAAAAAAAAACCAAAAAUGUGUUCCUCUGUUAGCCGCCUCCUUCCUGUGUUUUAAAGACUGUUUAACGUUUAAGCAAAAAUUAAAAGCACCUGCCCAGUAGGGGUGGGAAUAGUUGCAGAGGCUUAUGUCUAUGUAGUUUUCUGCAGUGGUACUUUGAAGACUGCAGCUCUAAACAAAGGGCUUGAUCCAAACCCAUUAAGUUAAUGGGAGACUUUCCAUGGACUUUGGGGAUCAAGCCCCAAAGCAGCAGCUGUCCCACAUGUUAGGGAAUAAUCUUGGGAAGAGAUGAUCUUUUCAGACCCAGGUUACAACUGUCCAUCCCUCCCUUCCCCCUAGUUUUCAUUCCAAAAGAUCACUACAUUUAAACAAAAAGUCUGUGCCACAAAAACUCAACCAUUUUUGUUUACUGAAUCAAAGUUUUCAUAUCAUGAGCAUCUGUGAGCUCUCUGCCCCAUGCUGCUCCUCCUUCACUGUGUAGCUGGUUCAGUUCAGCGUGUAGCGUACAUCUGGAUAUCAUUUAAGAAAAACAACAUUGAUGGCCACUUCAUUCUUUACUGAUGUAGGAACAUUACACUGCCCUUUUCUGUUCCACCCCUGCUGUCAGGAAAUGAACAAAUACUCUUAUAUUACAGAUGGGGUUUUUUUCCCCAAUGGAGACGAGAAUAACCGUACACUCGUAGAUGACUGUAGUAAGCCAUUCCUCAAGGGAAUGGACUGAAAGACAUAAAAGGUUGUUUUAUUUUAAUAAAAAGUGGAAGUUUUGUUUCUGUAUUGUUGCAUUGGCUUUUCUUUUCCUUUUGAGGCAGUGCCAUGUGCUCCAAUGUCCCCAUAGCUGACAGUAGUCAUUUGCUCUUCCUGGCCCAUUUUAAACAUUGGCCAUUAUCAGAACAACGGGUCAAGGAAUUUGAAAAACCUGUUUAUGGUUAAUUUAAAAAACAAGAUGAAAAGCUGAGCUGGCAAACACCAGUGCACCCACUUCCAUUCUCAAAUAGGUGCCAGCUCUGGGUCUGAGGUUGAGAUGGGAGUGGUAUCUACCACUCCCAUUGACUCCGAGGAGAAUUGUGGUCUCUCAGCCCCACCCAGGAGUGAGCCCGUUUAAAGGGGCCUUAUGGACAUAUAGCACAGUCACAUCUUAUGGGGAGACUUUCCCUUGCCCCUGCUGAACCUCACAUCCAAGCUGUGGAAAUAACAUCCCCUCAGUGUGGGAUCUAAAGAAAUACCAUGCUGGGUUUUUUUCCGUAUACGUUUAGCUUCACCGAGAUUAGCCCCCCUCCCUCCAAACAAUUUUGGGGUCCUAGGGAGAGGUGAAGGAUAAUAAUAGAUUGAAAGCUAUAUACUGCCUCUUCCUACAAGAAAAGGAGGAGAAAAAAGAUUGACCUGCCCCUCUAUGAGCCAGUUCCAGGCCUGCCAACUGCUGCCAGCAUCUUCACAGCAUCGCUCUUUUUGAGUUAAGAAAACUAUUGGCCAGUAGUAAAGCAACCACCACACAAACCUUAUGGUUUCUGCCCAGAGCGCAGGUGUCUGAGUACUGCCUUGCAAUGGAGAAUUAGAAUGAAGCCUCAUACUGCUGGAGAAUUGCCACAUACUGCUACAAUUUGAUAUUUUAAACUGGAGCAGGAUUUUCAUGUGUUAAGUCUAUUAAGGCUCGUCUUCAAGGCCCAGCAUACUAGCCUGCUAAAUGUAAAAUCAAGCUGUACUGUAUGGCAAUGCAUGCAGUAUGGAGGCAAUGAAGAAUGUGUCAAAGUAUUCUUGUCCCAAAACUUAAAAUUAAAGCAGCUCACAGAUUCUCCAGCUGAACUCAAUAGACUAAAUCAUUUCAUAGUAUUUACUUUAUUUUCUGAACACCAUAUGCUGUUUAUACAUCUAAUCUAAACACUGGACACAGUGAUCACACAAACCUUAAGGGCUAGUUUACAAUGGGUUUGUAGAUGUCUCUUGAGACGAUGAAGGUUAUCACUGUGUCUGUUAAAGUCCAUGAAUCUAGGAGCAUUAGAUUCUUUCUAAAAAAAAAAAGAGCACAUCAUGUUUUUCCUGACAGAAUGAAAACAAACCUUCACUCUUGGAGGUUUAUCAAA